AUGAAGUACUCCACCGCUACUGUUCUUAUUCUCGCUCAGGGCAUUGUCGCCGCACCCUCUCUUUUGAGCAAGCUCAGCCGCCAGAAUAACAAAGUCGUUCAUCAAUCCUCUGGAGAGGAUAUAACUCUUUCCAUCAAGGUAUCGCAGUCUCCCAUGAAGGGUGACCUGGCCCAUUCUAUGAAUUAUGAUAUCUGCUGGCUGUUGUGCGCCGAUCAUGAAAUUACAUGUCCUGAGAAAUGGUCUUCUAAGCAGUUGGGUGACUGCUGGACUUGCUGCUAUACUCCCGAGGAGGAGUGA